UAUAAUCAAAAUUAUAAAAUUAUCACACAAAAUUCAAAUCAAUCCUCCAAACGUUCUAUCUGGUACAAAAAACGAUACUAACGAUAAGAACGAUAUGCAUCUCCCCCAUCCAUCGGAUCAGCCACAGUUAACCACUUGUUUGUGCAAUACCAUAUCUGCGUCUCGAUCGAAAAACAAAAAACCGCCCCAACAAAACCCACCAGAAAAUAAAAAGAAAAACAAAAAAGAAAACCUGCGGGGAAAAACAUUGGCGUGACAGUGUGGGAAACAAGCGUGAAGGAAACGGACGCACAUGCGCACCGGGUGGAAAACAAUACAUCGCACACACACGCACCCACCGACACCGACUGGUGCGGGUGGGGAAAAUUUGUUGUGAUUUUUUAAGUGUCCCUUUCCCCAAGUCACACGGUCCUUCAGUCAAAAGUGAGCGCUACCAACAGUGCGGCAGCGAAAAUCGAUAUCAGUGUGUGCGUGGUGUGUGCCCGUUUGCAAAAUUCGGUCUCGCGGAAGUUCUGCUCCGUUUCGUUCGAUUUUUCGUAGGUUUUCCCGUUCGGACGCUGGUAGAAAUAGGCACCAUACUUCCGCUGAAAUGUGGUGUGGCGGUGAGAAAUGAAGAACAGAUGGAAUCAGGAGGGUAAAGUGUCUUUUACCAAGCGCUAAGAUAUUCCGAGGACUCAGCUCUGUGUGUCCUUUGGUCGAGAAGAGAAGAUGAGCGUGUGAUGGUAGUAGUGGUGUGUUGUGUGUGCGUGCGUGUAAGUGUAUUGGGAGAUUCAGUGAGAGUGGCGAAAGAUUUUUCUGCUCCAUCACUCGAGCAGCAAUCGUACGGACGGGAAUACGGAAGAAGUUCGUCCGAUAUUCACACUGGUGUGGUGUGCAAUUUUCAAGGCAAACGUGACGGGAUUUCCCCCCCGUCAAGGAAUCGAGCGACCGUUGCAUUUCUCGGAGGAUUGCGUCCACAAAUCUUUGGGCGAAAGGGGCAAAGAAUGGAUAGCGACAGUGGCCACCAUUACCAUCCGCCUGCCGACAACAGUGCGCGACCGUGUCCUGGUGCGUUGGGGUGUGCUUAUUUUAGCAAAUUCAGCCAUUUUGGAAUGUAAUUAUCGGUACUGGUCGCUAGAAUGCGUGGUGUACAGAUCUAGACAGCCGUGUGCCUACGGGAAGUUUGUGCAGGACGCAAGGAAAACCAGUAAAACGCAGUAGGCUCUCGGUUUGGUGAAGAAAAAUCCCAUACGGGUGUAUGUGUGUGUGUGAGUGAGUGCGUUUUGUGGAUGGGCGGGUGAAAGAAAGCCCAACAACGAUGGCAGCACACGGCCCCCGACGGCCCGAAUCUGCAGCUGAUGGGUAGUGAGCGUGUGUCACAGUGAUGGUUUAGUGCAAUUUUUUGUUAGUCAAAUUUUGCGGCAACUUUUGGGCUUCCGAAGGUUCCCGUCAAACGGCGUCGAGUUAGGAUAGCGCAAAUAUUUUCCGGCUCCGGUUGCAUAGAGCUAGGGUUAUACACGACCACUUGCUCAGUACGUAGUAGAACGCAGAUCAAGUUAUUAGAGUAAUUCGUCUUGAUGGAGUAGACGACGCUAGGAGCCAUCGACGACAACCUACCAAGGCAACCGAACAGGAGUAACGCAUCACCGAACCGAACGAGCGUAAGGAAUUGAUGCGUAGAUACAGGCACACAGCAGUGGAGCACUUGGACAGUUCGAAGGCAUGAGCCGUAGCCGCCGGUCAUCGUUUGGCCACCAGCACUAUCAGCAGCAGUUUACCGUCACCUCGACUAUCAACUACGACGAUGGACUGUGCGAUGGUUCCAGCGGUCCUGGUGGGCUGGUCCCGCCCGGUGGCACAACGGCGUCGCCGUCGCGGUUUAGCGAGUCAUCCUACUCGAACCUGGGAUCCCGCCUGACCGCCUACGUAGCUCAGUCACCACACGCUUCCCAGUCACAAGCGCCACCAACGUCAUCGCAGCCCACCCUACCGCCAUCGUCCGCAUCUUCCGUUUCCUCCGUGACGGAUCGAUACGGAGCCACCGAGGAGUCGUUGAGACCGUGCUGCAUCUCACCAGCAGCUCCACCAUCGAACAGUGUGUCCAGCGACCGAUACUCCACCAGCUCUGCACCGAACUCUAUCAUCUAUCCGGAAACUCGCAAUGGACCACAUCAUCGCUCCAUGUCUCCGGGAUCACGAACGCGCUAUCCCGUUCCGGAGCGAUUCCGCGAUCCACCACCGUCAGCACCUCCGCAGCAAACCGCACAACCCAAGCUGGACCAGUUCGGCAACUAUCUCAUCAGCAAUGCGCCACUGAUUACGACCUCCGAGAGCUACAACUAUCUCACCUCGACUGUACAUACACCGGUCAAGCGAUACAUACCGACACCACCGCCACCAGAGAACUUCCAGCACGAGGCCACCGGAGGUGCCGGGCUCGGUGCGAGCCUGAUGGCCGGUUUGAUGGCAUCCGGUGGUGGCAUCAACAUCAUCAACCAUUCGCAGGCUGGCAAUGGGACGGGCUCGCUUCUCAAAUCACUACCCUACCGGCUAAAGGUCUCGAAAGGUGAUGGAUCCGGACUGGGGGAAGAUACGACCGAUCACUACGCGACACCACCAAGAGCGCGACCGGUUGGUGGGAAAUGUCAGCAACCGAUCUGUACGUUCGGUCAGCCCGGUGGUGGAACACUCGGCCGGCAGACACUUCAACCCGAAUACGCCAUGCUGCGGGCGGCGACUCCAGUCAGCAUCAUGAGCGAACCGAUGGUACUGGGACAUCAGCCAUCUUCGGACGAGGAGCAAUGCUAUCAGUGUAACAGUCUGCGCCAAGCGACCGGAGUUCAUCAGACUACCCAAACUUCGGGACCGAUCAGUCCCCAGCCACUGUCGAUCUCCUCCGUAUCGAUGUCGGACAUGGAGCGCCAAUCACCUCUCAGCCCACCGUCGCUUGUUUCGCAUGCUUCAUACGCGCAUCAUCAUCACCACCAUCAUCACCAUCAUCAUCAUCAGCAGCAACAGCAGCAGCAGCACUACACACUGGCCACUCCGGGAGACGAUGGAAGGAACGCACAGCAGUCGCUUAUUAUCGCUCAAUCGCACGCCCUGAACAGCUCGUGCAGCAACCCGUCGAUAAUCAUCCAGUAUCAGCAUCAGCAGCACAUUCAGGCGCAUCAGCAGAUCCAGCAGCAGCCACUUUAUCAGCAGCUUCAGCAGUUACAGCAACAACAUGCUCAGCAGCAGCAACAGCAACAGCAGCAUCAUCACCAGCAGCAGCUACAGCUGCAACAUCAGCAAGCUCAGCAGCAAGCUCAGCAGCAAACACAACAACAAGCUCAGCAGCAGGCCCAGCAGCAAGCCCAGCAGCAGCAGCAGCAACUACAGCACAUGCAUCUUCCUAGGCUCCAACCCGAUUCAACACCUUCCACUCUUCAGCGGAACGUGCAAGCGAUUCGGCAACAGCGCCUGACGCACAAGCAACGCAUCAAGGAGUAUCUGCGCCGCAGCACAUCCCAAUUCUUCGGUGUCGAUCAGCUGCACGAGGACUACGAGCAGCAAAAGUGGGAAGAUCGCCAGAAGCGUUUCGCUGUCCGCCGGUUUGGCUCUCUCAAAGACGAACUGCCAGCGAACGCACGUCCCAACGAACCGAGCGCGGAUGUGAUGAACGACCAUCUCACGCACAGCGAUCGUCCCGACAUUCUGCCCGCACAAAGCCAGGACGAACCGGAAACGGAACAGAACCGGCGUCAGCGGUUCAACCCAUACUACCGGCACGAGGGCAGCGAAGACUUCCUGGUCGAACGGAAACCUUCCGUGUCGCGCAUGAUGCUCAAUGGGUGUGUGUUUGUGGUGCAGAGUCUACGGAAUCGGAUUCCACGCAGACAGAAGCAGUGGUCACGGAGCUUUGCACCGGCUCAUGUGGCGUUGAACAAUGAUGAUAACGAUAUCUACGACGGACUGACGCCGGUUCAGGAGGAUGAGAUGUUUUUCGACAUUCCGGGCGGUGGACAGAACGGUAAUGGGGGAGCAGGAGGAGGCGGCAUCGGUCCUCCAACACAGGAGCAGGAUCUUGGAGUGCAGGACAAUUCGCAUCAGAUCUACAUGCUCGAGACGGACCGUGCGUUGGUGAGCAAUGGAUGGAGGACGCGAACUGCUGAGGAACAGCUCCAUCUGCAGGAUCCGGCUGCUCGUGCGGGAAGAAGCAAUGCGAUGUUCCAGUUUUUCUACGGUCAGCGUAUUCCGGGCUCGAUACUGGAGAGUGUGCUGGACAACUCGAGGCGUCCGUCGCGCCAUUGCAUUAAGCUGUUGCGUCCAAAUGCGCUGGACGAUCGGUACGAUUAUCGGCCGUUCUUUACGUACUGGAUUAAUACAACGCAAAUUCUGGUGCUUCUGCUGACACUGCUGUGCUACGGAGUGGGUCCGAUCGGGAUCGGGUUCGAGCAGAAGAGCAGCCAGGUGUUGGUGACGAGUUUGAGCUUGCAAACGGUUCAACACUACGAGCCACGAAACAUUUGGAUAGGACCGCGAAGGGACGACCUGGUACACCUGGGGUCCAAGUAUGCGCCCUGCAUGCGCAGGGACGGUAAGAUAAUGGAUCUCAUAUCGAAGACACGAAAACAGGAACGGGAAACGGCUUGCUGCAUACGAAACGAUGAUUCGGGCUGUGUCCAGAGCUCACAGGCUGACUGUUCCGUGCGAGGACUUUGGCCUACGACCAUCUCGACGUGGAAGAAAUGGUCCCCAGGUGACUCGGGCCCGGGUGGCCGGAUCUCGGGCAGCGUGUGCGGUCUCGAUCCCAAGUACUGCGAUGCGCCGGCCUCGAUCGCACCGCACGAAUGGCCGGACGACAUCACCAAGUGGCCUAUCUGUCGGAAAAACAAUCAGUUUACGCAACGCUUCCGCUUUAAGGAUCACACUGCCGAGCACAUGGUCUGCGAGGUGAUUGGCCAUCCGUGCUGCAUGGGAAUAUCGGGCGAAUGUCGCAUCACGACGCGCGAGUACUGCGACUUUGUGCGGGGUUACUUUCACGAUGAAGCUUCCCUCUGUUCGCAGGUUUCCUGCCUGAACGAUGUGUGCGGCAUGUUUCCGUUCAUCGUGACCGAUCUUCCCGAUCAGUUCUACAGGCUGUUCACGUCACUCUACAUACACGCUGGUAUCGUUCAUCUCAUAAUCACUGUUGCCUUUCAACACAUACUCCUCGCGGAUCUGGAGCGUCUGUUGGGAUCACUGCGAACGGCGAUAGUUUACAUCGGCUCGGGCAUCGUUGGCAACCUGACCAGUGCCAUCUUCGUGCCCUACAAGGCGGAGGUCGGUCCUUUACCAUCACUGGCGGGCACUCUCUCCUCGCUGCUGGUGCUGCUGAUACUGUGUCACUGGCGCAACCUGAAGAAGCCACAGUACGCGAUGCUGAAGAUGCUCUUCCUGGGCUGCCUGCUGUUCGGUAUGGGCACCCUGCCCUGGCAGCACAACUUCACCGGGUUGAUAUCGGGACUGCUGUUCGGUAUCACGUUCACUCUCGCGCUCACCCCAUACCUCAGCUUCACCAAGUACAGUAGGAAGGGCAAGAUCAAGCUCGUGUGGACCUGCUUCGUGCUACAUUUAGUGCUGUACGCACUCAUCUUUCUGGUGUUCUACCUGUUCCCGACCAUCUUCUCGCUCAACUUCCUCGAGGGCAAUCAAAUCUCGAGCAUCAACGACAACAAUGGCAUGCACGAUCACUUCAAUCCGUACGACACGUUCAACUACUUCAACGGUAAGCACAGUAACGAUGGCGGUGGCUCAUCGCACGGUGGAAUGCUACCCGGCGAGGGUGGCCGGAAUGGUGGGGGCGAUGUGGGUGGGGGAGGCGGCCGGAUCAAGGAUUACGAUCGAGGUGGAGGAGGAGGAGGAGGAGGAGGGGGUGGCAGUAAUCGGUACGGUGGUAAUGGGGGUGGCGGUGGCGGUGGUGCUAUUAGCAUGUCGGGCGGCACGAUAAAAGCCAUUAAUCCCAAAUACAAUAAUAUAAAUAGUAACGGCAACAGCAACAACAACAACGGUAAUCUUAACGCUAAAUCCAACAAUAUGCAUAGUUAUAAGAUGGUAGCUAUAUGUGAGAAGGGACAGUGCAAUCCGCGUCCGAACGCAUGACGUCGAUGUGUUUUACGCUCGGUUACGACUAGUACAUCAAUACGAUUGAUUUCCAUUUUAUUCAUCCUUAUCACAAUUAUUGUACCGUUACACGAUAACGCAUAUAUACCGAUAUACUCCAUAUACCACGUGAAACUGCAGUGAACCGGUGAAAGCAGGAGCAAAAAAAAAAAAGUCUAGUAAAAGAGAGAGAGAGAACACAGAAACACGGUGGAAGACAAAACCCCAGUUUAGGAAAAAUCGUCUGCGAAACACAGGGCAUCCAACCAUGGUGGUGGGUGGAGGGGGUCACCAGAAAUAUAUUACAUGUCAGUGGAACUAGCGGCUAGCGAAAAUUGGCGUAGCAGAUUAGUUGGGAAGGGGGUGGGGGGAGGGAUGAAAGGAUAUGCACCCACCGCUUGGGGAAGCUGGCUAAAUCUAAGUAAAACAAAAAAAAACAAGUAACGAAAAUUGAAUGAAAUAUAUAAUGAAAAACGCAUGGUGUUUCAUUUCCAUAGAAA